AUGACUUCAAAAUCGUCGCGACAAAUAUUUGCAAUUCAAUUCAACAACGAUGACAACGAAGAGGAUAUAAUACUGGAAGAGCCGACGUGCUUAUGUGGUUGUAUGCGGGUUACGAGGGCGCUUUGGGUAGUCGCUGUGCUUAGAUUGCUGUUCGACUUGACUGCACUCUAUACAGCAUGGGACACUGUAUUCAUGUACCCUUCGGUAUUUUCAUCAUUGACCACAUUCACGGUGCUGUGCGUUGUAAUCAGUGGUCUGCAUGAAGAGAAAGGCGAUAAAAUUCGAUAUGCACAUAUCUGGGUGGUUAGUCACUUUACAUAUUCCUUCUUCUCUUCCGUAAUUCAUUCAUGA